UUCCACCUGUGCGUGGUGGGACCGGGCUGUCAUUACUCGGUCCCUCAGCGGCGCCGCUCUGCGUAGACCGAUAGGCCGCUCCGUGUGGUACACGUUCGCCGCCGAACCGUCCCCCCCCCCCUUUCCCCUCUGAGUUCAGCGCGCUCGCCGCCCGCUACAGGCGGCGGUCUCUCAUGACUACACUUCCCGCGUCUCCCCGCGCUCCCCGGGCCCCGCUCGCCUCAGCAUAGGGCGCGGUGGCUGAUGGGAAUUGUAGUCCGUACUCCCAGUGAGAGCCGCGCCGCCCGCCCCUGCCAGGACUACACGUCCCAGGAUGCCCCGCGCCUAGAGGCGGCCGGCUGGCAGCAGAGUCCUUGGCGCCGGCGCCGUGCGCGAUAUUAUUGUAGUUCGCCGAGCGGAUCAAGAUGGCGGCUGCGGCCUCGGCUGGUCCCGGAGCCUCGGGCUCGGUUCGGGGCCGCUUUCCGGGCCGGCCGUGGGUGGGGAGGAGCGGGAGCAGGGCGGACAGGGCACGGGUGCCGUUCCACAAAGCCGGGCAGGGGGCGGAGAGCUCGGACCCGGCUCAGCUCCAGAUCCUCGGACUCCACCUGAACAUGAAGCGCCUGGCGGGGGCCUGUGGCCGGGACAGUGACAGCACCGAGGAAGAUUUUGUGGGUUUCACUGAUAAACAAUCUGCUCGCCAGCCUCUCCGCCUGUCUCUCAGAUCCAAUAAAGGUAAUAAAUAUGUAGUCUUGAAACGCUGUGCUCCAGCUGCGCACAGUGCAAAUCACGAGAGUCCUGGUACCAGUGUGAAGCAAGGUGGACCUGCUGUGGCCGGUGCAAAGCAAGACAGUCCUACUAGGACUAGUGAGAAGCAAGGUGGACCUGCUGUGGCCGGUGCAAAGCAAGACAGUCCUACUAGGACUAGUGAGAAGCAAGGUGGACCUACUUUGGCUGGUUUGAAGCAAGACAGCCCUACUAGGUCUGUUGAGAAGCAAGGGGGACCUGCUGUGGCCGGUGCGAAGCAAGACAACCCUGCUAGGACUAUUGUGAAGCAAGGGAAACCUGCUGUGGCUAAGCAAGACAGCCCUAUUAGGACUAUUGCGAAGCAAGGGAGACCUGUGGCUAAGCAAGACGGCCCUACUAGGGCUAUUGCGAAGCAAGGGAGACCUGUGGCUAAGCAAGACAGCCCUAUUAGGACUAUUGUGAAGCAGGAGGCACCUGCUGUGGCUAAGCAAGACAGCCCUAGUAGGACUAUUGCGAAGCAAGGGAGACAUGUGGCUAAGCAAGACAGCCCUAUUAGGACUAUUGCGAAGCAAGAGAGACCUGUGGCUAAGCAAGACAGCCCUCUUCGGACUAUUGCGAAGCAAGGGAGACCUGUGGCUAAGCAAGACAGCCCUACUAUGGCUAUUGUGAAGCAAGUGGGACCUGCUGUGGCCAAUGUUAAGCAAGACAGCUCUACUAGGAUUAGUGCAAAGCAAGGGGGGCCUGCUCUGGCCAGGGCUAAGCAAGACAGCCCUACUAGGACUAGUGCGAAGAAAGGGAGGCGUGCUGUGGCUGGCGCAAAGCAAAAAAUCCCUUCUGAGACCAAAGCUGAGCAAGACAGCCCUACUAGGACCAGUGCAAAGCAAGAAAGUCCUUCUAGAACCAGUGCUGAGCAAGACAGCCCUAUUAGGACUAAUGCUGAGCAAGAGAGACUUUCCGUGCCCAGUGCUAAGCAAGGUUUCACCCCUGAGAAGGUAGUUCGAGUACAUCUCACGCAGCUUGACCCCUCGUUGUACAGCUUGAAUUCCUCAUUUUUGCUUUCUUCAAGAGAGACUCAGAGUGUUUCCACUAAUCAUAGUGCCACUCUGUCGUCCUGUCUUUCCCUUCCCGCUGAGAAACAGCAGCAACGCCUUGAUGACGUCACUCCUCCUAAGCAACAAAACUGCUCCACUGAUCCUCCAAAACUGAACAGACGUCAACGGCGGAAGAGGAAGCGAAUAGGUCAUCAAAGCAACUCCGAUACAUCACCCAGUCAGGAAAAGGCGACCUUCUUGGAUGUCAGCCCAGUUGCUCACAAAGAGGAAGUCGCUUCUUGUCAGGAUGAUCCUGCAAAGGAAAGUAAUGACUGCCCUCUUAAGGACAGUACUUCACGCCAGAGAAAAAAGAGGGCUAAUAAAUCAAGAAAGUCCGAGUCUUCUGAGUCUUCAGGUGGAGUUUCCAAUGUCACUAGUGUCAGAAAAAAUCUUGAUGUUUCUUCUAAACCUUCCAGCGCUGAUACAGAGCAACCAACUGGGGAGAUGUCUAGUAGAGCCGGAACGGAGGUUGGAGAGCUGGGCUCUGAAGCAAAAGUGAAUGUUGAGCGAGUCGGAUCUCUCACUCUUAAGCUACAGAGGUUAAGAGACAGUCGGCUCCCCAAAGUUAAGUGGAAACUGCGAGCUGCAUAUAGGCAAGUGAGCGAGCCGGAAGGUGAAGAUGAAGCUGCAGAGAAAGGUGGCAUGCUUGAACCUGAGGUCAAGGAAGAGGGGCAAGAAGAGAAACUACUGAUGGAUGUUGACCUUGCUGCUGACUGUAAACUGACUUCUGCAUUAAGCACAGGAGUGUUGCCAAAAAAGGAAGAAACCACUGAUGAAACCUUGCGUAAUAGCAAGGAUCCAACCGAAACUUCAGCUGUUGAAGGAGACAUUGUGUCAACCAACGAAGAGAACUGUCAUUCUGAUGAGAAACCUUCAGAGACGACUGUUGUGUCUGGGUCUAUGCUAGCAGUCGAAGAAGAGCUCCCAGAAACUGUAGAGACCCAGAUGGCUCAAGGUUUAGCACCAGUUAAUGAACUGACUGGUCCGGGCAGUGACCCUCCCGCCUUGUCAGAGUCCCCCGUGAAAAGGAUGAGAACUGUGAGAAGGGGGGAAAGAGCGAAGUUGACUUUUUCUUGGCGAUCCGAGCGCUCUGCCACUCGCAGGCUUCUAGCCAAGGUGAAGGAAGCGCAAAGCAAAGCCCAACCAAAUCUCCAAGCUCAGUCUUCCAAAGCGGUGACCACCAAUAGCAGUGGCUUCAUCAAGCCGGCGAUGAGUUUGCGCCCUUCCCGCGUGAUAAAAAUGCCUCGCAGAUUCAUGGACGAUGAUCAGCCACCUCCUGCCACAGAAACCCAGGCUAAACAGGCUCUUUCCAAGCCCAUUAUUACCAUGGCUGAGCUGGAGCAGCAGGUGCUUUCCGAUACCCUUCUCCCCCCUUCUGACCCUCGUUUUAGUCUUUUUAAUGAAGAUGAUCACCUCAACUUGCUACCUCCGAACUCUCCCCACACAGACUCCACACUGACAGCCUCCUCUCAUUCUUCUUCUGCUUCAUCACCGGCACUGCAGUCUGCACCAUCUGGGCCUCCAGAAAACGCACGCAAAAACAUUCUCCGAGCCCCAACUUUUUGCUGGAACUCUUCCAGUAUUUCAGCUCCCGAGUCCCAUGAACCACAGUGUUCCACUCAGGCGCUUUUCCGUCUGUCCUCUCCGGCCUCUCCCGAUGAGCCCUUGCAGCCUAGUUCUCCUCCAUCUCCUCCAUCCUCCCCUCUUCCUUCCGAGCCCCCUCCCAAGCCGGAGUCUGCUAAACGGUCUCCACUUCUCCGUGCACCUCAGUUCACUCCUAGUGAAGCACACUUGAAAAUUUAUGAAGCGGUUUCCCUUCAGGACAACGAGGCCAGCAAAGCUCCCUCUGCUAGUACUAACAGCCAAAAGCCGAAAGACCACAGUCCUAUUGCUGCAGUCGCUGCUUCUUUACCAGAAGUCCUGCUGAGCCCUUCGGCGCAGCAUGGCGAUUUACAUUCUUUAGGCAGAAGGGCGAACCACUUGACUUUACCUCUGUUUGUCGGCACUGGUACGGAGAACUUGGCAGCGCCUUCCAACUCAUCUGAAGUUUCUUUAACCAACCCUGAACAAAUGGAAAUGCUUCCUGAGCCAGCUGGAACACUAAGCUUGAAAUCCGAUAGCCCAUCCGGCGAUCUAGCGCAAAAUAUGUCACUGGAGAAACCUCUAAAGAUUGAAGCCAUGACUCUUCGUAGUAGCCACGCUUCUAGAGCACUGCGUAGUAAGCUUGCUGUCAAAUCACGGCCUACGUCUCCUGUCGAGCUGUUGUCGCAUGAGGAAGGCUCCUCUUUUCCACCAAAUGAUCUCGCCCUCUCCGGCACAGACAAGAAAGUCAUCAGCCUGCUGGAAAAAGCCAAGAUACAGCUGUCUAAGAUUGACAAGCAGAAGAGUGUUGACCUGGGUGCAGAUUCCUCAAAGGAUUCAGUUUCCUCUCAAAACGUUGAAAAUGACUCAAGAUCCUCAGGUGGCCAGGGCCAGGAUUCGCCCCUACAGGGACCUCGAAUUAAACAUGUGUGUCGUCACCCUGCCGUUGCUCUCGGACAGCCUCGUGCCAUGAUCCCUGAAGACAUCCCCAGGCUCAGCGCUCUUCCCAUGUGUGAGAGACAGGCGGCUGUCCCCACAGCGGCACCUGCAGAAGAUUCCUCGUCGGCUUCUGAGCCCGAGCCUACCGCCAGAGUGAGACAGCGGCCAGUGAGGCAGCCGCCGGCGCCUCCCCCGCGCAGAACCAGGCCGGUCUCCCGAGCCAGACUACGCAUGGCCAGAUGUGGGGAGUGCAAGGGCUGCAAUGUGACGGAUGACUGUGGGAAAUGUGUGAACUGCAAAGACAAAACCAAGUUCGGGGGUCCCAACACCAAAAAACAAUGCUGCGUGAACCGGCGGUGUGAGCGGAUUGAAGCUCGCAGGCAGCAGAGACAGUCGCAGAAAGGACGAAAAAUGAUUAGACACCUUCCUCCAGCUCGGGAGAGCCCCUGUGAGUCGGAUGAAUCGUUCCAAGAAGGUGCUCGAAAUGAGGAUACAGAAGCCUCCGAUCGCCUAGAAUCCAGCCAGACGUCGCAGCGAAAGUCGAGCCGCCGAUGUGUCAGACAGCGCCCGUGUUAUGACCUGUUCCCUGAUUCCGAUUAUUCAGACUUCGACCCGAGCCCCAGCGUUCCUCGCAGGAAGCCCAGGCGGGAGUCUGAUUUACUUCCCCAGGACACGGAGGAGCAGAGUAAGCCACGUAAAACGCCACAGCAGCCACUGAUCCUCCGUGCCAGGUCUGGGCCAGAGCAGGACGCCUGGUGGAAUGGUUCAUCAACCAAGAUUAGGUCUUCGGACGGAACCCAUAGGCUGCGUGUGGAUUUCAAGGAGGACUGUGAUCUGCAGAACGUGUGGCUAAUGGGAGGGCUCAGUGUCCUGACUUCUGUCCCCAUAACUCCAACUCGCUUGUGCCUGCUGUGUGCCAGCCAUGGUCGUCACGAGUUCCUGUACUGUCAGGUGUGCUGUGAGCCUUUCCACGCGUUCUGUCUGGAGGAGGCCGACCGGCCGCUCCCAGUGCAGGAGGACAGCUGGUGCUGCCAGCGAUGCAAGUUCUGUAAUGUGUGUGGACGCAAAGGGAAGGUCAAAAAGCCUUUGCUCCAGUGUGAACUGUGUCAGACAAACUAUCACGUUAACUGUCUGGGCCCAAAUUACCCCGUCAAACCGCCACUCAGUAGGAAAGGCUGGCUCUGCUCGUCCUGCGUUCGCUGCAAGAGUUGCGGAGCGUGUCCUGCCGUGGAUGCCGACAUGGAGCUAACGGAUGGCGGCAGCCUGUGUACCGACUGCUUCAGUCUGUACAACAAAGGGAACUACUGCCCCAUUUGCAGCCGUUGCUAUGAAGAGAACGACUAUGAGAGCAAAAUGGUACAAUGUGUUAAGUGCGAUAAGUGGGUGCACUCAAAGUGUGAGGGGCUUUCCGAUGAAGGCUACGAGAUCCUGUCCAACUUGCCUGAAAGUGUGGUCUACACCUGCCCUCCGUGUUUAGGCGAUACUGGGGCAAUAUGGAAGGAGGCCAUGCUCUCGGAGCUGACAGCUGGUCUUCACGAAGUCCUGCAAGGGCUGAUGGCCUCCAAACUUGCUGCCCCGUUGUUGCGUUGUGCACAGUGCGAGACUGGCGACACCCAAGGGAAGUUUCAUCGUAAUCCGUGUGACCUGGAGUCUCUGAGCCAGCUCCUAGAAGAGGGACACUACAGCUCCAUAACCACAUUCAACGACCACAUUGCCUGUAUUAUCCAGAACAAUAUAGAGUGUGGAGAACUGGAAGGAGACGGGGAAGCGGUGAAGUCCUUGUACAUUAAGUUUAUGGAGAAGUGUUUCGGCUGGUUCAGCGUUCAAGACUCAAAAUAUUGGGAGAAGAAACCGAAGUCUGUAACAAACGGGCUUCUUCCCCACGCUGUGGUGCCGCCAUACGCCGACCAUACUUAUGCCUAUUGGCGAGAGAGAGAAGAUUCUUCUACGUCAAGCAAUGGAGAAGCACCACAGCCUGCACCCCCUCAGAAAGUUAAAAAAGAAGUGGAGGCAGAGCCUGACGCAGAGAGGGACACCCGCCAGUGCGCCCUGUGUCUCAAGUAUGGCGACGAUGAACCAAAGGAUGCUGGAAGAUUGCUCUAUAUUGGCCAAAACGAGUGGACUCACAUCAACUGUGCCAUAUGGUCAGCGGAGGUGUUCGAGGAGAAUGAUGGCUCGCUGAGGAACGUUCACGCUGCAGUGGCCCGUGGGCGACAGAUGCGCUGUGAGCACUGCUCGAAAAUCGGGGCCACCGUCGGCUGCUGCCUGUCGACCUGCCUCAGUAACUUCCACUUCAUGUGUGCGCGGGCAAGCCACUGCAGCUUUCAGGAUGACAAGAAGAUGUACUGCCAGAAACACACCAGUCUAUUGGACGGCACGGUCGUGGCGUCUGACUCUUUCGAUGUCCUGCGCAGAGUCUAUGUGGACUUUGAAGGAAUCACCUUUAGACGGAAGUUCCUUCAGGGCUUGGAGCCGGAGAACGUUAACAUGAUGAUUGGUUCUAUGAAGAUAGACAGCCUGGGAAUGCUGACUGAUCUAUCUGUGUCCGAGGGGAAGAUCUACCCGGUCGGUUAUCAGUGUUCCCGCUUAUACUGGAGCACGCUGGAUGCCCGGCGGCGCUGCUGGUACAAAUGCAGGGUUGUGGAGCAUCAUCCGAAAGAGGGCGAUAUCCCCCCGGAAGGAGAGGAUGGCGUGGAAAACCAGACGAUCGUUCACAGUCCUGGAGUUUUGCCAGUUCGGGAACCAGCUUUCAGUCCUCCUGUCCCAGAAACCAACUCAGUAGCUCGCCAACCACCUGCGGAACCCAUUCCAAGCGCAACCGCUCCCCGGUCCUUCAGUGGUGCGCGGAUCAAAGCUCCAAACUUCUCCCCCUCCCGGCGCCCUCUUGGGGGCUCGUCCCGGCCGUUGCCUUCACCGGGAAGUCCAUCAUCUUCCCCAUUGUCUCAUCACAUCCUGACAGUCAGUGAUCCAGAAGUGACACCUCUGCGCAGGACCCGAAGGCCACCGGUACCUACUCAGCGAGCGCCGCUUCAGUCUUCAGCUCGGCUGUCGAGAGAUCCUACAAGUCCGAGCCCUUCCAAUACGCCCUGCCCGCUUACUCGCUGUUCUUCAGGGGAGAAUGAAACGCUUCAGCUCCUGUGUGACAUUAGUGACAUGGAGGUAGUGUCUGUAGAUGCCGGGAUGCCAUCUGGACCUUUGCAGUGCGGAGCUCAGCUGGUUGUAGGUACUGAGGUUCCAGGAGAUGAGUCGGAGGGUGGAAGCAGCUCUGAGGAGGAAGCAGGGGAGGACUACUACCGGCUGACUCGGACAGUUGUGUCUCACGAACCUUUCAGUCCUCUGCUGUCUACAGCAGCGUCUGGUCACAUUGAACAGCUGGACGGCAUACACGACAGUACGGACAGUGAGGACGCAGCCCAGAGCCACCAUGGCCCUCUAGGUAGUGGUAAAGUCCCUUCCCACCUGCCCUCUGAAAUAGUCGACUUUGUAUUGAAGAGUGCUGGCAGCUCCGGGACGGGACUACCCACUCUGCAGCCGCAGAUCUCCUCUUCCACUGCAACAACCUCUUCCUCCACACAGAAUGGAGGUGCAGCUCCUUCUCUUUCUAAUGGCACAGACUGUUUAACCUACCAGACCCCUCAAGGACCCCCACCUCUCAGGGACCCACCACAGCUGCAAAGAGUAUGCCGUCCACUUAUUACUGUAGCCCAGAAUGGCCCGUUUUGCCCCCCAGAUCCUCCGUCUGUGAGCGUGAAUAAGCCUGAAUCAAAACUUAUUUUACUUAACAAAGCCACAGGCCAGAUGGUUAUAAAGGUGCAAAGUGGAAGCGCAGAUCUUUCAGGACAUCUUCCAAUGGUGCAAGAAGCUCUGAAAUCGGAGCCAAGUCCAAUAACAAGAGUGCCCCUUAUUAGGCCUAAAAUUGCCAAAAAAGUUCCCGUUCCCUGUUUUCCUCAGACUACUGCAGCUUUUCUUCCUCCUCAUCCACCUUCCUCUCAGACGCCAGGCCUCGGCACGGUUUUCCUGCAGACAGCGCCCUCUUCAUCUCAGGCAUGGGCGGUGCGUGUCCUCCCUAUGCUGAAUCUAGUGCAUGGUACUGGGCAGCUUACUCUGGGGGCCCCAGCAAUGAUGACCCCUACAAUCACUGGAAUCCCUCAGACUUGUUUCGUACAGGGCAUCCCUAUGAACACGGGGCUGCUAAGUAUGGCUCCUACCCCGCUCCAACAGAAACCUCAGCUGCAGCCACAGCUACCGGGUCAGCUUCAGCUUUCCAUGAUACAGGCAGCUCCCCCGAAACCUAUCCAAGCGCCACCAGUCUCCAUUAAAAGACCCGGUACCAUAGCCAACAUGGCUAAUCGCAACAAGAAACCCAAACUUGAAACGGCCGAUAAACUGGAAUUCCUUGAUCCACACAAGUUAACGGAGUCUAUGGCAUUAAAUUUAAAUUUCGCUUCGGACACAUUGAUCAACACAAGACCAAAGCGGGCCAGAAUCAAAACACCAAUGAUCAAAGAGAUCCUGGACCUGGACUGCAUGGAUGAAGAUGAGCAGAGUAUGGAUAAUGGGCUGCAUUUAGAUCUUACGGUAGAUGUGAAAACUGAGGAUCCACCUCUAGACCUAGCCAAAGAAUCCCCCUGCUCUGAGACCCCUCCAGAUUUAUCUCCCAACUCCGAAGACUCCAUCGACUACUUCCGGGAAGAGAAGAAAAAUCUGUUGCCCAGGAGAGGCAGCCCCUACCUGUGCUUCGAGAUUAGCAGUGAGGAUGGGUUCUACACUCUGUCUGACAGUGCUGAAGGUGCAUGGAAGACGGUGGUUGAGAAGGUGCAGGAGGCUCGAGGCGUUGGGAGGCUGCGACACCUGUCCUUCUCUGCAGGUUUGAACGGAGCACGGAUGUUGGGAGUCCAGCACGACGCGGUCCUCUUUCUCCUGGAGCAGCUCAUAGGCGCCGAGCGCUGUCGUGGGUACAAGUUUCUCUUCCACCCGCAGGAAGUAGAUGAGGAGGAGCUUGUGGUUAACCCAUCAGGCUGCGCACGAAGCCAGUGUUAUGCAAGGAAAUGCACCUUUGACAUGUUCAAUUUCCUGGCCUCUCAGCACCGCACUCUGCCAGAAAUCUGCAUGUAUGAGGAAGAGGAGGAGGAAGUACAACUGAAAUCCACACGGCGAGCAACCAGUCUGGAUCUACCCAUGGCGAUGAGGUACCGUCACUUGAAGAGGACGUCCAAAGAAGCCGUUGGAGUGUACAGGUCGGCGAUACACGGCAGGGGUCUGUUCUGCAAAAGGAACAUUGACGCUGGGGAGAUGGUCAUAGAGUACUCCGGUAUUGUGAUACGUUCUGUGCUGACCGAUAAGAGGGAGAAGUACUACGACAGCAAGGGUAUUGGAUGCUACAUGUUCCGUAUAGAUGACUUCGAUGUGGUGGACGCAACCAUGCACGGCAACGCAGCCCGAUUCAUCAACCACUCGUGCGAGCCCAACUGCUACUCGAGGGUUAUCCAUGUGGAGGGCCAGAAGCACAUUGUAAUAUUUGCCCUGCGCAGCAUUUACCGCGGCGAGGAGCUGACCUAUGACUACAAGUUUCCCAUCGAGGAUGCAAGCAACAAGCUGCCCUGUAACUGUGGUGCCAAGAAGUGCCGCCGGUUCCUCAACUGAGCGACAGGAAAGCCUGGCAGCAAAAACUGUGUGGAGGUGCUGGCACUUCCAAGCUCGGAGCAGACAGGCCCACCAGCCUCCCAGACUGGGCUGUGUUUCUGCUUCUCUCCUUUCAGAAAGCUGUACAUAUUGGAGGUUCGGAAGAGAGGAGAGCAUUACAGGAAACCGCACUUUACCCUCUGUCCUGCCUGUCCCCACUAGGCUACAGGGCGAUUCCUCUCCUUCCUCUCAGGGUCUUCUUUGAUUUUCUUCUCUCCGGAUUAUGCCUCUUCCCUGCUGCUAUAUUUCAGUACUUGCCCGCCCCUUCUUAAGCUUGCACAUUUUCGGGGAAUGUGUACGUGUGUGUGUUAAAUUAAGGAGGGUGGUGGGGGGGAAGGGGUUAGUGCUACGACGUCAAACAGCAAGGAUAUCUAAUUUUCUUUUUCGCAUCCUGAUCUGUCAUUUUUUUUUUUUCUCAAAAAGUUGAGCUCACUCCCAUCUCAAGCUAUCCAUUCUUUGGGGAGCACACAAAGUACUUUUCCGGGGGGGGGGGGGGAGUGACAAUCAUUUUUAAUCCUUCUGCUGCUACUUACAUGACCUUCCAGGCCCUGCAAGGGUUAACGUUCCCCAGCUUCUCUUCAGCUCUUCGUUUAUAGAGUCAUUUUACCCAUAGUACCCUCAACAGAGUGCACCGUCUUUUUCCGGACUAUCUCCUCGUUCAUCCUUCCUCGUCUCCAGAACUUUUCUUCAUUUUUAACAGGUUUUUUUUUUUUUUUUUUUUGUUUCGUGGGGGGGAAUGAGUGGCGAACAUAUUGCAGUUUCAGAAUUUAAUCUAAUAAAGUGGACAGCGUAUUGAGGAUCGAGUGUAAAUAAUUGUAUAAAGAUUUGUAAGAACAUUGUUUUCUAUGCACUUUUUUUUAUUUAACUUGCUGGAGAAUAAUAAUGUUUCAUGUUUCACCUCCUGUUUAGCAUUUUAAAUAAAAGGAACAAUUUGCCAUG